AUGUACUUUGAGAGUAAGCACGAGCGAAGGCGUCGAGAUGAGAAGGUGGGCAUUCCUAAGUUGAAACGGCCUGGCGCCCGCCCUUGUAGGAAUAUUGCAGCAAGAUCCUGA